AUGCAGAAUCGGACCGUGGUUUCUAUCAAUGCUACUUCCCCAAAAAGCUUCUCUGUGAUCAUCAAGGUGUGUGUGGUAAUCCCGUUUUUCUGUGUCUUCCUGUGCUUCGUCGCCAUUAUGCUGCAGAUCUUUGCCUCUCACAGACAGUUUUUGGACACUUCCCGUUACAUUCUGUUUGCACACUUGUUGAUCAAUGACACCAUACACAUUGUGUGUUCUGUGUUAACGUUUCUCACUCUGAUGGGUCAGGUCAAGUUACCUCUUCUGUUUUGUGUCCCUCUGUUCUUUGUGUCUACUGGUACCUUUCUGAACACCACUUUGAUCCUGGCUGCCAUGUCACUGGAGCGUUAUGUUGCCAUUUUCUACCCUCUUCAGCGCCCGGCCUCCUGGCGCUCAGACCGUGUCUGGAUCAUUACUCUACCUCUGUGGAUCAUCAGCUUCAUAAUCCCCAUCACUGAGUAUUUCAUCGGGAAAGAUGGUCAAUCUGUAGAUGUCCUCUCUACAAACAUGCUUUGCAAAAAUACUGUCAUGAAUUAAUCCCCAGUCCAUGAACUGUAUCGGCUUUUUGUGAAUGUACUUUUCUUUGCAGUGGUAAGUGUUAUCAUCCUCUUCACCUAUGUGAGGAUUGUGAUGGAAACCAGGAAGAUGCGGCAGGACAGAGCUUCAGUGGGCAAAGCCAUGCACACCGUGCUGCUGCACGGCUUCCAGCUGCUGCUGUGCUUGCUGGGUUUCACUCAGCCUAUAUUUAUAACUCUCAUUGGGCUCCACACAAAGUGGCUGGGUGAGGACAUUGUCUUCUUAAAUUUCUUCUGCUUCAUCCUGAUACCUCGCUUUCUCAGUCCACUGAUUUAUGGCUUCAGGGAUCAGAGUCUGAGAAAGCACAUUGGAAGCUGGUUCCUCUGCUGCUCAAAGAAAGGAAAACCCUUUUUCAAAUAG